UGUGUUGUUGCAGUGGGAGCUUGAAGAUUGUAGGACUUUGUGUGCAGCAGGAGAGAAGAUGAGCACCAAGAGGAAGGCAGAGAUGCACUUGAGGGCAGCAAACAGACCUCGCACCAUGAAGUCUGUAAACUCCAGGGCUGAUUCAGAGAGAGACUCUGGUUUCUCAGAUGCUAGCUCAGAACACACAAGCACUAUGGACACAACAGACCCAGAGGAUUCACCCCGCGCUGCUGCACAGCAGGGAUCACAGAAGUCUGGUUCGGCCCCCCAGCCCUCUCAGCUAACUGUGGUGGGAGGCUCCUACUCUAACCUCUCACCUAUGAUCAUCAUGAACAACGUUGUCCUCAAGCAGCCUGGAGAUAAUCCUCCAGCUCUGAAACCCUGGCGGUUCAGUCCCACAGUGGAGGUGGUUCAGCCCGUGGUCCAGCAGCCUCAGGUGGUCUUUCUCCAGCCUGUGGUCUCUCGUCAGGCUUCCCCCGCCUCCAAAGAUACCUCCUCCAGAUACAGACGCCCUAAGAAGUAUCUUCCAAUCCUUAAAUCCUACCCCAAGAUUGCUCCUCAUCCUGGAGACAGCUCCAGUUCUUCAGGAAGAGGGACUGCUUCCUCAUCUUCCUCAUCUUCCUCCACCUCCUCCACUUCAUCAGAGUCAAAAAGAAGCAGCAGUUCAGCCUCCACCCCCCGGGAACACUGUCAUAGAGAGAAACAGCUGAAAAGUCUGUGUGCUGCUGUAACUAAUUCCAGCUCGACCACUCCCAGUCUUCCUGCGAGUCCUAGCCCCAUGUCUCCUUUGCUUCAGAGCCGACUUUCUCUCAACACAGCGGAAACCAGCGCCAGCAGCAGCCCUGCAACGGAGAGGCCUUCAUCAGUUAUCAGCCAGUGUGAGUUUACCUCCUACCCAUCUUUCAGUCAAUCCACAGGCUCCAUAAACAAGACUCUGCCUGUGCCUUUGGAGGGCAACCAAGAGAACAGUUCAUCAGGAGAAGGUGAAGUUGAUACAAAGAGGAAGCGCUUCUGCAACACCUAUAACAUCCUGAGCAAUUCCGGCCUGCUAGACAUUGCGCUCCGUGCCAAGGAGCUCCACCGGCAAAACCGACGUACCCAGAGCGACAUAGACCAGCUGAAGGAGUACACAGACCUCUUCCUUCAGGCUGCAUGGAGUGGUGACACCAGCAUCUGUUUAAAACUGCAGGCCCGCCUUCAGGAGGACGAGGAACGAGAGAAAGAGAGGGAGAGAGCUGCUCAGACCAGCUUAAAGGCAGAUUAGACCGAGACUAGUGCUAGGCAAUAAUCCUUUAGACUGAGAUGUGGACAGGAGGACCAGGGUUGGGGGUUGGAGAGUGCAGAGACAGAUGGACCGAAAGUAAUGUGCUCCACAAUACUCUCACACCCCCAGACUUGAUACUCACACACAGUGAGCUGUGGCCUACAUUUUGGCUGCCAGCUGCCUGAGGGACCUGAUACAUCAAGCCGACCUCAAAGAUUUGGUUCAGAUGACGACUUUUUGUUGCCUCGUGUCUUCUUUGGAAAUAGUGCCCUUGAAAAGUCUAGCUGAUGGCCAGUUGACUGCCAAGAUGCAUGUAUGUUGUGCACCUGUGUGAAGGGGAAAUAUUUCAGUCAGCAGUCUGUGUACGUUAUCCAGGAAAGAGAAGUAAAGCAAAGUACAUUACCAUUUCUAAUAUCCCUUUGAAUAUGUGAAAACAUUUUCAUUUAUAUUUUCAGAUUAUGAACUGAGAGUAUUGGUAUAUCCCUUUUUAAACGUUUGAGUGGCGGUGGUGUACUUUGUCUCGCCCUUCCCUGAUGUUUUUCAGCAUGUGAUGAUCAGAGAGGAAAAAUAGCAGUCAGUGUGGCAGAGUGUUUAGCGGCAAGAUUGGGGACCAUAAUUUCUCAUGUUUCUGCUUUGGAAAGCAGCAUCACCAGCGUAUGUUGUUUUUUUAUGGCUGCAGGGUAACCACAGCAACCCGAUACAGAAAGCUGAAUGAUGUCUGGACAUACAAAUUGGAUAUGAUCACUUGUAAAAACAAAAUGAUUGUGGUCUAUCUUAAAGCUCUGAUUUUCAGAAACAAAUCUGAUUUGUUUGCUGUCUGAACAAAAGGUUAAUUACCACCACUGCUUACUAAACAAACUUGUCCAAAAAGAGACAGUCUGUGGUCGACCACACAUUUAGCCGUCUCUGCUUGGUGUGUAAGAGAACUGCGCUAAUUAAAACAAGAAUCACAGCUCACUGACUGCAUCUCUUCCUUGAUGCAUCUUCUCUGCUGCACAGAAAUAUUUUGCUCAUCUGCAAUCAAGACCUAAAGCCCUGAGAGAUCUUAGAUCGAAGGCACCAUGUGAUGAAUGUAAAACUUUGUGUUUUACUGAAUGCGUCCAGAGCCUCUCGCCAGUCAGCAUCUUUAAAUGGAUAAACAUGCGCCUGAAGUGUCUUUUAAGUUGCAGCUGCAUUUUCAGACAUGGUGUGGAGGAUUUGGCGAAUCCCGUUAACGGUUUUAAGUUGAGCAUUCCAGUCAUGUUGACAGCAGCCGUAGUGCUAACAGGCUGGGUAAAGGUUUUAGAAGCUAUUUAUAUGCUUCCCUGAUAUCAUCCCAGCAUAAAAGGUGCUUCCUUUAGCUCAACAAUAAUGUUCAGUGACUUAUGUGUGUGCUCUGUCAGUUCCUUGAAUUGCUCUGCACAUGGAUAUAAUUUAAGAUGACAAUAUUGUCCAACUUCAGCAGAUUUUUUCUGUUCUAAGUUCUUUACUGUUUCUGGUUUGUAUGAGAUAUUCAUUGUGUGAACCUCUCAGCUAUGACCAUCAAGCCAGGUUUCUUGAUGAAACCAGUUGUUGUGCGUCAGCUUUGGGCCUCACACGUCCAGAUACAGAGGAAGUCCAACACCUACAAUGUCCAAAUUAGGACCAGUUGUGGGAGUUUGUUGGAUUUCUAUAAAUUAUGGCCUUAAUAUUCAAACCAGAUGUAUGCUUCAGAGCUUUGCAUUUGCACCAAAUUCACCCAAGAGUGGCUCUGAUGUAAUCUCUGGGAAGAAUUAAAUGGCAGCUAUGGUAGUUUAUUUGAUGUUACAGUACUUGAAGUGCAUUGAGACGCAACACAGAAAACUACCAUUAUGUAAAUAAUUGUCCUAUAUUACAUCCACACAUCAGAUUCACAUUGUCAGAGGUUUUUUUUAUUAUUACCAGCGGGUUUCCAAGUAUGCAGUUUGUUUUGGCGUAUUCUGUUUCACCAUGUUUAAAUGUCUGCUAUUGUUGACCUAAAUGGGAUCAUGUGUCAGCUAGUUGUACAGUAACUCUAACUCUGAGGUUUGGGCUCUUUUAUGAAUGAAUUGAGGUCAUUCUGAAAAAAACAGCACAUCUUUAGCUCCAUGCCUCAGCGUUUUGUCGAGUCUGGAACACACUUGUUUACCUUCAGCUCUUAAAUUUCAUACUGUCAAAAAUGUCAACAGUGCCUAGUCAGUUACAACAUUGGACACUGACUUAAUCGCGCUUUCAAACGGUGCGGUUUCGUCAGUGAAAUAAAAGAGAUUAAUUUUUUUUUUUCAAUUUGCCAGGGCUCAAAGUAAAGUUACUGACUUGUGUCAAUUUGUAAUCAGCUUUUAGCGUUAUCUUAAUUGAGUGCAGCUGAACUGGCUCUCUGGACAGUCACAGAAGUGUCUGCAGUAUAAACAAUCAUGUUGAUGCCAUGUCACAAUGGCAGUGUGAACUUUUCUACACUCUAAACUAAAAGUGCUAUGAUUUUAAUUAAGUUCUUCAAAAGACCUCUAAUUUAUUUAUGGUUGUGUGUGCAUGUAUGUUGCAUGUUUUCCAAAUGUCAGAAAUAGAACUAAAUACUUAGUAUGUAAAGUCACUUUUAGGCUUAUUAUUACUAUCGAUGUAAUAGAGCAGUCAUUAGUUUUUAUACCAUGUGUCCUUAAUAAAGGCCUUUUUAAGGACACUCGAGCCAGGACUGCAACCAAAGUGCUGGAACUAUUCUGGUCUUUUUGAUGGUAUGUUUGAAGUAUGUGUGGCUGCUGCAAAAAGAGCUCAGAGUUCAGACUCUGACAGUGCAAGGUUUCUUCUCUUCACAACAACACAGCUCACAUUUACUGGAACUUUUAAUGUCCUCUUGUUGACCAGUUCCUCUUCAAUCAGAUGAGGAAUACAAGUUGGUACUGAAUUAGCAAUAGGUCAGAGAUUUUUUUGACCGAUAAAAGCACAAAAGAACUGGUCAUGUCCAUAUUUUUAAAGAGCUUUCCUCGUUUGAUGCUGUCUGCUUUUACCUUGGCACAUUUAUAAAGAUUCAGUUACGAUUGGCUCUCUGUAAUUUUAUGUUUUGUUAGUUAUCAUGGAUCCAAACUGCUGUGCGAUGGCCUGUUGACUGAACUGUAUCAAACCAUAAUUCUCUGAUUAUAUAUCUGCAACAUGCUGUGUCAUUGGCGGUUCUUGCAAUCAUAAUUACAGACUCGUAUUGUUGUUGAAAACGAAACAGUGAUUUUAAAAAGAGCAACGACAUGGGCAUGCUUGUACAGUAGGACACCUGUGAUUUUUUUUACAACGCUGUAUUUUAAUUUUUUCAUGUAAAUGUUGGCAGCUUUGUUUCCUCAGUGCAAUUCAGUUUGCCUUCUGUCAUUUGUAAAGAUGCUGAGAUGUUUGUGAAAUAACUUGUGAUUUUUGUAUCAACAUGUUUCAGUAGUGCACCAGCAUUGUGAUCAGUAGCUCAAAAACAUCCUGUAGUUGAGUCAGGCAAACUGAAUGUAGCUUGGCUUGCUGGUAACCUUUUUCUAUUCUGAACAUGUGAAUCUAAAGUUGUUCAAAUCCUCAUGAGACUUACCACUGUGGAGGAUUUACCAAGAAAUAACUUUUAAUGAACUUGUUGUAAAUACUGAUACUUCACCAAUACCAAUCAGAGAACAAUACGAUUAAAGGGGUUGGAUUGAA